CCCGCUUAGUCACGACGCACUCCGUCUACUGCCGUCGUACACCACACAAUGCGCUCGCUGCUUCGCUCGCUCCUCGUCCUAGCCCUCGCCACUCGUGCGGCCGCCGCCGCGUUUCCCGAGGAGGAGGACGUCGUCGUGCUCGACACGAAAAACUUUGACGCGUUCAUCUCCACGAACCCGCUCGCGUUGGUCGAGUUUUAUGCUCCCUGGUGCGGACACUGCAAAGAGCUCGCGCCCAAGUGGGCCGAGGCGGCCGCCAAGUCGAAGAAGCUCGACACACCUGUGCCACUCGCCAAACUUGACGCCGACGCCCACGGCGACCUCGCUGGCCGCUUUGGCGUGAGCGGCUACCCGACGCUCAAGCUCUUCAGAAACGGGGUGGCCGAGGACUACAGCGGCGGACGGGAGGCGGAUCAGAUCGUCGCCGCGCUGCAGAAGAUCGCCUCCUUUGUCCCGCCCUCGCAGCAGGCGUUCGACAAGCUUGCGUACGAGACGGCUGGCCAGCAAGUGGCAUACGCGUGGAGCGGCUCGUACAGCGCGCCACCCGUGAUGCCGCUUAUCAACGGCAAGAAGCCGCCCGUCCCAGGGCUGCUGCUCCUCGACAGCAGUGGCGCAGCCAAGUUUGCGCUCGCCGUGCCCCGAAAAAGGGAGGAGUUCACGCCCGAGUGGAUCGCGGAGUGGCUCUCGGCGCACGACGUUGAUGUGAAAUACGAGGAGGCGCCGCCCCCGGAGGAGCCCGAGCCGGGCCACGGAGGAGACGGAGAGUACCCGUACGGAGACGACUAGAGCACACCUACGACAGCGGCGACGGUGCAAUAGCCCCCCCCAAAAGGCGGGAGGUGUGUGCGCGCGAAAAAGAGUACUCGGGGUGGGCCGCCGGCAUCAAUGCUUUAGGAUCGCAAGCUGCGCUUUAGGAUCGAUUUGGGGCCCCGAGGUGAUUCCUUUCCUUACAAC